AUGACGCUAUGGCAUAGCCUGACCACUUGUUUGAUCGUGCUGGGAGCUGUGCGCGCCCGCCCGGGGCCCCCGGGGGUGCUCGUCUCAGGAGAGGAGAGGCCCCUGCGCAGCCCUCCGCUCCGGAUCCGCCUGUCAGUCACCUCGCAGGAGGAUGCGGACGACCCGGGAGACGCAUACAUCAUGGAGGAGCGCAUCCUGGCCGACUUCGAUCAGGCGGUGGAUUUGAUCAAGAUGACCGUCAGCAGAAUACCAGGUUCGCCCAGCGAGUCCGAGCGGAACCGCAGCAACAAGUCUCGCCCCAGGCGCGAGAGGACGACCGGGUCGAGCCAGAGGAGGGGCCCGGGCGCGAGGGAACGGAAGGCGGGCGGCGGGCGAGCUUCGGGCUGCGCGCUCCGGCAGGUCCGGCUCAACGUGACCGACCUGGGUCUGGGCUACCUCUCGGGUGAGGAGAUGAUCUUCAGGUACUGCGCGGGACCCUGCAGGAAGUCGGAGACAAACUACGAUAAGAUCCUCCGGCACCUGGCCCGACGCAGUAGGCUGCCCGCCAAGGAUGCGCCGCCGCAGCCGUGUUGCCGCCCGGUGGCGUUUGACGACAACUUGUCCUUUCUGGACGAUAACCUGAUCUACCAUACGCUCAGGAAGCACUCGGCCAGGAAGUGUGCUUGCGUGUGA